CAGGCUGGAUAUAUAGCGGCUACGCUCUAGCUUUCAACAUUCAGUUGCUCUCUCGCUCUCUAGCGCAGCACAGCACAUGUUGGUUCAAACACGACCGGAGAGUACCAACAUGGCAUACAAUCCUUUCCUCAUGCAUCGACCUGUGGAGUACGGUGUUAGCUCCAUGCUUCACCAGCCACAGUACCUCUCCCCCCAUAUGUCUCUGCCCCACCCUGGACUCGCUGCAUCGAUGCUAGGCAAGCAGUUCGGACGGUCGGGGAUGAAUCCUGCCGAUCUUCUCUCUCAUCAUGAUCCGUACCGAUCACUGCGAGGAAUGGAAGCCGUUCAGGAUGUCGACGUACAGGAUGAUCCUAACGUCGAGUUGGAAGCUAUGGAUCUCUGGGAACAGUUUCACAAAUACGGCACGGAAAUGGUUAUUACCAAAUCGGGAAGGCGCUUGUUUCCUGGAUUUCGCGUGAAAUUGUCUGGCUUGGACAAAAAAUCCAAAUACAUACUGCUGAUGGAUGUCGUUCCCGUCGACGACUGCCGCUACAAAUUCCACAACGGUAAAUGGACAGUGGCCGGCAAAGCUGACCCCGAGAUGCCCAAGAGGAUGUACAUCCACCCCGACUCCCCCAGCACCGGGGAACAGUGGAUGCAGAAGGCGAUAUCCUUCCACAAGCUGAAGCUCACAAACAACAUUUCGGACAAACACGGAUUUACAAUUCUCAACUCGAUGCACAAGUACCAGCCUCGUUUCCAUCUUGUCCGUGCCAGCGAUCUGCUUCGACUGCCAUACAGCUCAAGCAAGACGUUUGUGUUCCCAGAAACUCAGUUUAUAGCCGUGACUGCCUAUCAAAAUGAAAAGAUCACCAAGCUGAAGAUUGACCACAAUCCCUUUGCAAAAGGCUUCCGGGAAAAUGGCGGCGGUAGCAAGGUUAAACGGCCACUGGGCUCCUCAAAGUCAGAGCAUGAAACGUCCUCACUAGAAGGAAGCCACACCGACGAUGAUGACGAGAUCUGCGUUGAUGAUGCUGACGACCUCUCGACCAGCAAGAGUGUGUCGGAAGUCGAGGACAGCCUCGUGAGCGAGAAGCGAGAGGAGAUUGAAGAUGAUAGACUAGCGGACACACGAAACAGAGAGCAGGACACGUCAAGCGACAUCGGAUCAAGUGAUGUCAGCAAAUGUGACGUCAGUGACAGUGAAUCUGAAAAAGACAGUGUUGUGAAAGAAAGUCCCCCAAAGAGACAAAGACUCAUUGAAGAGACGAAGGAAAAUGUCAAGGACCAUUCUGUCGCUAGCCUGCUCAAGCCGAGCGAGUCUAAACACACGCACAACCCCGUAAAAGAACUUAAAAGCCCACCAAAUGUUACAGUGUGUCAACGAUCCAUGAACAAUCCAUUUUUCCCCGUCCAUACAUCCUCUCUGUAUCCAUCAACCAGUUCAGCAUUCCAUCAUCCACUCAGUUCCAUCUUCCUCAACUCUGCCGCACAUGCGCAGCUGAGAAAUCCGCUUCUGUCAACGUCGGCGUAUGGAGUGCCAUCAUCAUCGUCUCAUCCGCUCUUCGCACAGCAGCUUGCCAUGUCCCAACUUGCGCUUGCUCAGCGUUACUCAUUCUCUUCCGGUCUGACCGGAAACAUGGGUCCCGUAUUCUCGUCACACUCGUCCAACUCGAGAUUUCAACCAUACGGUCUGUCACCCAUGACGUCACCAGUGGUAGGCAGAAGUCCUUCAAGUCCGAACUCAACCCAUUCAUCGUCUCCAAGUCUCUCUCCAGCCGGAAGCACCUCACCUGGCUCAGUCAUCAGUCCCGUUCCUGUGCGAGAUUUCACGAGAGGUCAUUCCCUCUCCCCUGAUCACCUUUCAGCAUGAGAUUAACGUUAAGCUGUGUUCAUAGUGCUCAAUGUACUUGUGUGUGUGGUUCAGCAACUGUGGAACAUUCUCCCUGUGUUUGUUUAUCGAUGGCGUCAAUUGCUCCAAAAAUCCCUUACUGGAUGUCCGAGUCUACACCGAUGUUAAAUGAUGGAGGUUCAAAACCGGCGACGUCGAAAAUAAUAGUAGAUGUUUCUUCACAGUAUUCCUAGUCAAGGGAGAUAGGCCUUUCCGGUUCCGUGGGUCACGUGGUCUGUCAACUUCCGAUUCAAGCGCGGGCGCUAGAUGUACUGAAAAUUGGUGCUUUAGAUUACGGGUGUGCAAAAUAGACCGCCGAGUUCUCAUUAUCCGUCUUUGGUCCAAAUUAACGACCUUUGAUCCCUUGGAGCCAACAGUCUGAAGACUAUGGCGCGAAAUAGUGCGUGCAAUAGGAUAUUAAAUAUGUUGUUAUUGUUGUUACAGUAAUUUAAUUAAUGUAUAUUGAUGACGAAUGCGCAAAGAGUAUUUUUUCUGACUUGACUGAAUAAAUGUCACAGGAUAUGUA